AUGGCACGGUGCUACUGUCGCUGGCGUCGAGUUUUGAUCUGCGUGUGCAGCCCAUGCAUCUGCCUGAUCCUGCUGUUCCUUUACGCGGGCAUCAUGGUGUGUAUGGACAUGAACACGAAAGCACAGCAAAUGAGCAGUACGAUACGUUCUCUAGAAAAUGAACACUUUGUGGCCUGGGGAAGUUUUAAAAAUAAGAGCUUCGCCCCCCUCCCUAAAACUUUCUGGAAGCUCGAUGAAGAGGCUUUUUGGAAUCGACUCCAGGUGACCGUCGACCGCCAUUUCAACCCCAUCCUGAAACCCCCAAAAAUAGAGAUGGGGAUAAGGAACAAUGCCUUUUAUGAUUCACUUUUGAGGCUCAGCUUCUCUGAGGUGAUUGACUUGGAAAACAUGAGGAAAAAAAUUGAGCAGCUACCAAGGCAGAUGCAAGACUUUGUUGGCCACAUGAAACAGAGAAACUACCCCGUCAUCAUCCAGCCUGCAGAUUCUACUUGCGGAGCAGGAGCGGCGGAUGAGAAGGAACCUCCAUUGCUUCUCCUCGCCAUUAAGUCCACCGAGCUGAACUUACAAAACCGUCAAGCCAUCCGACAAACCUGGGGCCAAGUGGGCUGGGUGGGCACACACAGGAAGAAUAGCCACAGAAGACAGGAGGUCGGAGGGUACAUCCGCCGGGUUUUCCUGAUCGGCAAAGAGAACCCCCAAGGCUCGGGAAUGGAUGCAUCCGAGUUGCUGCAGAUGGAAGGUCAAUACUAUGGAGACAUUGUGCAGUGGGACUUCAGCGACACCUUUUUCAACCUCAGCUUGAAGGAUGUUCACUUUUGGAGCUGGUUCUCAAGCCGCUGCAGCCAGACUCGCUUCGUUUUUAAGGGAGAUGACGACGUCUUUGUCAACCUCCCAAACAUGAUUGCCUACCUCCACGAGCAGCUAGAGAAGCCCCAUGCAGAACAGACCAUGAAUGAAUUCAUGGUGGGAGACGUCAUCGGUGCCGCUUUCCCCAAUCGACUUUGCCAAUCCAAGUACUUUGUCCCGGACAGCUUCUACAAGGGGCUUUAUCCAACGUACGCGGGUGGCGGUGGAGUGGUGUACUCAGGCCAGCUGGCCAAACGCCUGCACGACGUCUCCAGAAGGGUUCACCUCUUCCCGAUCGAUGAUGUUUUUGUUGGGAUGUGUAUGGCUCGACUCAACGCGUCCCCCAUCCACCACCCCGCCUUUCUCACCUUUGACUUUCCUAAGAUGGAAGAGGCUGAGCCGUGUGCGUACCAUACGAUCCUACUGGUCCAUAAACGCAGCCCAACGCAACUGAUUGAACUGUGGGACAACGUGUCAAGGACGCGGAACCAGUGUUGGAAUGUUCCACUGAGGGUUUCAGACCAGAAGGUAAAUGCAUCUAAAGUGUAG